AUGAAAUUGGAGCAUGCAGAAUUCAGUCUCUCUAUGGCCCACACAUUUGCCUAUAGUCAUGAAUACUAUGGUGAAGAGGAUGAUUUAACAACCUCGACAACCACAACUUCUACGACUCAAACCACCGUUGCGAAGGCUACCUCACAAAUGUCCCUUCUUUCACCAUCAACUCCGCUUCAUCUAUUCACCUCCCUCCUUCUCUUUAUCACCUCCUAUGCGCUUCUAUAA